UCAUUCACUGAGGUUUUAUGUCAAAUGUCAAAUCCAGUGUUGAGUUUUUAGUCACGUUAAAAUUAAGUUUGUAUUUUUAUAAAAUUAAUUACAACUAUAAGCUUAACCAUGUCUGAGAACAGAGAGGUGAUUUUAGCCGAUUUCCAGGCUUGUACUGGAGUGGACGAUGUUGCUGAAGCUAUUUAUCAUCUUGAGGAAACUAACUGGGACCUUUUGAGGGCAGUAAGUCGAGUAAUGCCGCCUGCCACUCAAGCAUUCCAUCCUAACAAUGAUCCUGACGUUAUGAUAGUGGAAAACGAUGAUUCUGAUGUAGCAGCUCCUGGACCGUUUAAACCGCCGGUAUUGGAUGAUAGUGAUGUAGAAGUGAUGGAGGUUGGCAACAGUUUAGGCCAAUCACCUGCAAAAAGACGGGACGUGUCGUCGAAUUCUUCACAGAUGGAAAACAACUUUGCCGUUGCAUCGACGUCAAGUGGUUCUCCUGGGGCGUCUACAGGACCCAAAAUAUUAAAUUUUAAUAUCAAAUAUUGUGAUAAGGUGGUGAAAAUAAGACUUCCAGAUACAGCAAAUUUGAAGGACCUGAAGCAAAGAAUACAAAAUGAACUAAAUGUUCCACCCUGCAAACAAAACUUAUCGAAUUGGGCCCGAAUGACAACCUAUGAUUCAACAACAUUUGCUGUUCUACAGCUGCCGCCAGAAAAUGAUCUUGUUCUCACCGUAAAGUCGCUUAAUGAUGGUGUUACAGCAGAAAAUGAUCUCGCUUGUAGAAGCGAGGUGACAAAAAAACUUAGUGGCACAUAUACUCUUCACAUCAAGUAUGAAAACAAAACGUAUGAUUUGAAGUACCUAGGGAUUAAGACAAUUCUGCAAGUUAAGACUGACUUGUAUACAUUAACCAAUAUACCAGUUCGACAUCAAAUUUGGAGCGGUUGGCCGCCAAAUAUAGAUGAUAAUACUAUGUUGGCUUUAUCAGGGAUAAGCUUUCCUGAACAUGAAUUUACAAUUCGCAAAAAUCUUCAAACGAAAGAAAAGGAAAAACGGUCCAUGCCUCAAAUUGUGCAACUUGAUAGCGAUGAAGAUGAAUUUGAAGAUGCUUCUGAAACUUUUAAUGUCGAAGACGAUUAUUUCGUCGAUAAUGUUAAUACGGCUAGGAAACGAGAGCCCUUGAUUCCCGACAAUGUUGAAGACGAAUUAAUAGGCACCGUAACAUUCAACGAGAGAUUUACAGCUAGAUAUGGGUCUGUACAUCCAUUAUUUUUCCAAGGAACUCUAGAGCAGGCUUUAAAAGAAGCCUGCAUUAGGCCCGCCAAAGAUAGGAAGAUCCUAGCGGUGUAUCUACACCAUGAUGCAAGUGUAUUGACAAACGUGUUCUGUACCCAACUGUUGGGCUGUGAAAGUGUAAUGCAAGUCAUAGAAAAAGACUUUGUAAUAUGGGGCUGGGACUUUACCUUUGAGAGUAAUAAGCACAAAUUUUGCGCAUCGAUAGCGAAUUAUUUGGGACCCCAUACAGUUACCAAUCUAAAAGAUAUACCAGUAGAUCGGCUACCCGCAUUGGUACUUUUGGCAAAAAUGAGAUCGUCUAUAGAAGUGUUUAACGUUAUUAAAGGUAAUGUUGGUGUCAACGAAGUAUUGGGGACGUUAAUGGAGUGUGUGCAGUUGAUUUACGAAAGUUAUGCAGUUGAAGCCAAGGAGGAAACUGAAAGAGCAGAAAGGGAGUUGGUUAAGUGGGAACAAGAUGAGGCAUAUCGAGCAAGCUUGGAAGCGGACAGGAAAAAAGAAGAGACACGACAGAAGCAAGAAAAAGAGGAGAUGGAAACGAAGAAGCGAAUUGAAAACGAAAUUGCUGAAACCGCAGCGAGAAAAGAAGCACAGCGCCAAGAAGUGGAGUGUAGGUUACCUCAAGAGCCUGUUGCCGGCCAAGGAGAACAGACGAAAAUUAGAUUUAGGCUUCCUAAAGGAGAAAAUGUCGAAAGAAGAUUUACAGCAGACACUCCAUUAAGGGUUCUGCUGGACUUCUUAAUUGUUCAAGGUUACCCAAGUGAAGAAUACAAAGUUAUUUCGAGUUGGCCUCGAAGAGAUUUAACAGCUCUUGAUGAACGACAAACACUGAAAGAAUUAAAGCUGUGUCCCCAAGAAACUGUGAUAUUAGAGGAACGCUAAAUUGUCUGGUUUACUUUAUAUUGAUAAAAUUUUCAUAGCAGCAUUUAAUUCUACUACAAAUGUAUAGUUAGUUUAAUAUAUUUUCAAUUUAAUGUAGUACUACAUAAAUUAAUUAAGGCUUUUUAAGUAUACCUUCAUGAUUUCAUGUA